UAUCGAUCGAUGUGAAGUGGCCUGUUUAAGUGGGGUCUGCAAUUCAAAUAUUGGGGAAAUACUGCGGAAUAACACGGGAAACACUUCAGAAAAGAUUAGUUAGUUAGACGGUCAUCCAUCGAUCUGAGUUUCCGAAACCAAUAGGAUCCCGUGCAUCCCGGUUUAGCGUUACAUCGGGUCACGUGACGUGUUCCGAGUCAAUUCGAAGAUCAGAGAGCAUUUGUACCUGAAGUGGAGACUGUCCCUCCAUGCAAGACCGAGUUAUUACGAGAAUUGUUCAUCUAUAUGUCUACGGGACCUAUGUAAAGAUGCAUGUCGUCUGUGAAACUUUAUGCGUUGCCGGGAUGGAAAAUCCGUAACCGUAUAGCCUUUUAGGGUCCGCCUUGGCAAGUAGCCUACUAUAUAGAUUCUUUCGGUUGCAGUUAAAUCAGCUCACGCUUGAUAAGUUACAGGUGCGUCCGUAAAAGAGAACAACUAGCAGCAUAGUCUUAAACGGAAAAAUAUCGAAGCGUUGAGAAUUUUGUUAGUUUUUUCUUGUUAAUUUAAGCUAGCCUAUGCUGGGAGAAUAUGUGUGCUAUCUAUUCUGUUGAAACGCGUGGCGUAUCGAAUAGGGAGUGAGACGCGUAUCGAGUUUAACUCAAAUGUCAACGCGGCGAGUUUGUAGCGUUUGGCUGAAACGGCAAGUCUGGAGGCAAGGCGCCGGCCACCCCAACAACCCACGACGAGGAUACCGUUGUCUCUAAAACAAGUCUGAGACUCAGGGAAUCUCUUACAAACAUUGUUGACAUUCAUUUGUCACAGCUCGAGAGUGGAAGGCUAUCUUAAGAUCCGAGUGGGACUGGAUGCAAUUGUUUGCGAAUCACCGGAGACACACACCGACAUCGAAACAGGUCGGUUCGUAGGCUAACACUACAACGAUUCUGUCGACCUCGAUGGUGCAUGAACGCGCUGACAGCCCUGGGUCCGACGCUGUUUCUCUAACGACUUUUGACCAUCUCUCCCGGAGAUAGUAACCCCACAACACCGUCCACGGUCUGAGCGUCGGGGGUUCGGAGAAAGAAAGGAGGAGAUAUGUCGGUAACCAUCACUUUAUCUCUCUCGCUCCUCAUCUUCUUUCUUGGAAGCACGGAAUCAGAGAACGCUGAGGAGAGACUGGUGAACUACCUGCUGGGUCCGGAGCGUUACAACAAACUGAUCAGGCCUGCGGUCAACAAGAGUCAACAGGUCACCAUCUCCAUACAGGUGUCCCUGUCACAACUCAUCAGUGUGAACGAGAGAGAACAGAUUAUGACCACCAAUCUCUGGUUGUGCCAGGAAUGGAAUGACUACAGACUUAGAUGGGACCCAGAGAAAUACGAAGGCAUUAAAAAACUACGAAUACCCUCUCAACACAUCUGGCUUCCUGAUAUUGUUCUCUACAACAAUGCGGACGGCGUCUACGAGGUCUCCUUCUACUGCAACGUCGUGGUGUCCAACACGGGAGACAUCUUCUGGCUUCCUCCCGCCAUCUACAAGUCAGCCUGCGCCAUAGAGGUCCAGAACUUCCCCUUCGACCAGCAGAACUGUACCCUCAAGUUCCGCUCCUGGACGUACGACUACACCGAGGUGGACCUGAUCCUGACCAGCGACUACGCCAGCCGCGACGACUUCACGCCGAGCGGCGAGUGGGACAUCGUGUCGCUGGGCGCCCGCAAGAACGAGGACCCCUCGGAUCGCGCCUACCUGGACAUCACCUACGACUUCGUCAUCAAGCGGAAGCCGCUGUUCUACACCAUCAACCUCAUCAUCCCCUGCGUCCUCAUCACCUCGCUGGCCAUCCUGGUCUUCUACCUGCCCUCCGACUGCGGCGAGAAGAUGACCCUGUGCAUCUCCGUCCUAUUGGCCCUCACCGUCUUCCUGCUGCUCAUCUCCAAGAUAGUCCCGCCCACCUCGCUGGCCGUGCCGCUCAUCGGUAAAUAUCUCAUGUUCACCAUGGUGUUGGUCACCUUCUCCAUUGUGACCAGUGUGUGUGUCCUGAACGUCCACCACCGCUCCCCGUCCACGCACCGCAUGCCAGACUGGGUCAAACGCCUCUUCCUGCGCCGCCUGCCCGCCUUGCUCCUCAUGAGGCGACCCGGGACCAACAGCUUGCGGGAGAAACUCCGCCGGAAGCACGCCGCCACAUCCGGGAAUCCCCAAGGCGGGGAGAAGAGGCGCUAUUCCGACGUCAGGCUGGGCGGCGUCCGGACUGACGGCGACUCCUUCUACGUGAACGAGGAUUCGGCCCGGAAGUUUGGCUGGAAGGUGGGGGACGUGUCGGGCGACGGCGGCAUUCCGGAGUUCCGGCGCCGCGUGGCGGUUCAGUGGGACGCGGACCUGGAGGAGGCCGUGGAUGGGGUGCGGUACAUCGCUGAGCACAUGAAGACGGAGGACGGAGACGAAGGGAUAAUAGAGGACUGGAAGUAUGUGGCGAUGGUGAUCGACCGUCUCUUCCUUUGGAUCUUCAUCCUGGUCUGUGUGGUGGGAACACUGGGCCUGUUCAUGCAGCCCCUCUUCCAGAGCUACAACACUCCCACGGCAGACGACGAGUAUGGUGAUUUCUGAGAGCCCCUGGGAGUUGGCGGUGGGACGGGGAAACCCUGUUGCGGCAGAACGGGCCACUGACUUCUGAACCCACGAGCAGUCGGUGUCAGUGACAGCGUCACCUCUUCAGGUCCUUAUGAAGUAUUAUAAGACAUUACGGAGGGGCCACCAGCUCUGGUCAUGACGCUCCGUCUUGCUCUCUCCGGGCUCUCUGCUCUUUAAGUUAUGUCUGGACCUACAGUACAGUUCCUCUUCUCCUUCCUCAUCAACUAUUUAUGGACAGUAUCUUUCCUUCGUUUUUGUGCUCUCUCUCUCUCUCUCUCUCGUUCUUUCUCCAUUUGAGAGGAUUUCACUUGGACGCACUUGGAACUGUGUUCUCCUGAAGCCGAUGGUCUGUAGUUGCAAAUGCAUUGGCUUAUUUUUGGAACGACUUUGGUUUAUUUUCUCUCUCUCUCUCUCUCUCUGGGGUUUUGGAGUCAUAUCACUUGCCUGUCAGCAGGGAAGAGGCCUCCAUCACGAGAACCACCAUGGAGACUUGUCGUUGUAAAGACGCUUGUUGCUAAAUGAUUGAUGGAUGUUUGUGUUUGUUUUUUAUGAGACUUUCAACGAUCACGCUGCUUCAAUACUUCCACGGGACACAACGCACACUCUGCUCUGUUCGUGUAAAAAUGCUUUGUUCCCAGGUAUCGGCGUGAAUGGCUGCCUUCGAAAUGGGCACCUCUCCUUACAAGACACUUCUGACCAGAGGCCCUGGUUAAUAUGCGUGCAUGUCUGAGACGCUAUUCCCUACAUAGGCACUACAUUUGACCUGAGACCUGUUUGUCCCAGUCAAAAAUAGUGCACUUUCUAUGGGGUAGGGUGCUGUUUAGGACGCAGGCUUUGUCUGCGGACUCAGCGGGGAUGUUGACAUUGUACCUGCCUUAAUACUACAUUACCACCGCCAAUGAUGACGAGAGACAUUGCUAGGUAGAUAUUCAUAAUAAAUUACUACAUAUUUAGAUGAAUAUUCACACGACACAACCACAGCUAGUCAUGAUGAGAGACGUUAUUAUGUAAAUCUGAAUAUUCAAGACAGCAAAUAAUGUCUUAAGUACUAAUAUUAAAUCACCACAGGUAAUGAUGGAGAGACUUAUUAGAUGAAUAUUAAUAUAACAUGACUACAUAUAGUGAUGGUAGGAGACAUUAUUAGAUGACUACAGAUAAUGAUGAUAGUGGCAUUAUCCGGUAAUACAUUAUCACAGUUGAUUAAAAAAAGAGACAUUAUUAGAUUACUAACAAGGAUUAUAGCACCAGGAUUGUAAAGAUUCAAAAUCAAACAGCAAAUCUGGAGUAAAACAAUUGCAACAUCACAUCCUUUUUGUUAUUUCAAAUAAAAUGAG